AUGUCCCAUUCCCAAUCCAAAAAGCAAAACCUAUCAACUAGCAAGUAUGAAAAUGCAUCAAAGACCUUGCAGAAAAGUCCAAAUACUAAAGAACCCUCAGAAGCAAAGUCUGACAGUAAACAUAAACCAACCGAGAUAAAGAACAAGAAUGAAUCUUCCUCUAAAGGCUUUUCAAAUGUUCUGUGCUGCUGUUGCGUUGAAGAUGAUGACCUCCUGUUGUUACCAGUCAACAAUGACAGUGCUCUCAAUCGCUUGGUUGGUCAGCUACAACCAGGAGAAGUUCUUUCUUCAGUGCCUGUGCGUAAAUUACCACUGACCGCCAACCCAACAGCGCAAGACAAUGAAAAGAACAAAAGUCGAAGUAAAGGUCUCAAACCAACAGGCCUGAAAACUCAGAAAGACUCAGAUGUCACAACAUCCAGUGGAACCUUCAAAUCCAUGGAUCUUGAAGUGCCGUCUACCUCUAAUGGACGUAGCAGGCAGUUCCCAGAUAAUGUUAACAUCCAGACAGACUUGCUGCAAGACUUGCUGGACCAAAGCAGGUUCCAUGUGAAUGACCCCUGUUGUAGUUUCCAAGUCUGCUUCUCAGGUCAGAUGAUGGGCUCUGGAUACAGCACUCAGUACAAGGUCUUGACAAUGUCUAUGCGGCUCACUGAACCCCUGGUGAUGUCCUCACAGCUGACAGCUUCAGGAUCGAACCUUCAGGGGGUUGCUCACACUGCACCGUCAGAUAUGAGAAGGCCAGCAAUUACAGGAGAAUAUGGAGAAGAGGAUGAUGACAUAGUCCAGUAAAAUGUUUUAUGGCAGACAGAGACAGGGACUGCCUGAGGAAUAUGAGUGGACAAGACAGGACAUCACAUAAAUAAAAUUAAUGUAUGGAAAUAAAUGCAUUAUCAUUGAUUGAUUGAAGACAACAUAUUAAAUUACAUCAUAUUAAA